AGAAAUUCAAAACCGUCAGCAAAAUGGACUCGGCAACGCCGAUCUCGCAUGAAAUGCAGAUUCUAGACGGUCUGAUUGAGCCACAUUUACAGGAAGGGAAAAGCCAUUGGCCUACAUGGGCAAUGAUUCUUGUCGUUGUUUGCAUUAUAUUGUCCCUUCUCGCGUUUUUCCUCGGGAAUUUCAUAACCAAAAAGACAACGUCUGUCAGGAAAAGCACAACUCGUCCCGAUGGCAAAGAGCGCGAAAGGAAAUGGGGCGCCGGAUUUUCAGGCGGAUUGUGGGCGGCUGCUUAAUUCGAUUAUAACAACAAAAAAAGUGUGUGCGUCUGUGCUUCCCUGAAAUUUAUCGCUUCCCAUCUCCCACCAAUGUUUUUUUUUCGUUUAAUUUUGCAAGUUAUCGGGUUAGCCUAUAUGGCAGAAAAGACUGAAAAUGCUUUCUAAACAGAUAAAAAUCACAUUUCUUCAAUGAAUUAAAGACCUAAAGUUGGAUUUCUGUUCUCUGGAAAGCAAGUCCUAAAUUUGAAAUUUAGGGAUCAUUUUUUUGUCAGUGUGUAAUUGUAAAAUUUUUUAAUGGUUGAAGUAGCGAAUUUUAAAUUUUGAAGUGUCUAAAAUAUAUAAAAAUAAGAUGUAGCCUAAAAUUUGACGAACUGCUCGUGACAAUUUUAAUUUAAUAAUUUCUCAUUUUUUAUGGUUUAUUUUAAAUUUUGAUUUAGGCCAUAAUUUUGGGCAACAAGUGCAAAAACAAUAUCAAAUUUGCUGUAAAAAGCCUAAGUUAACAAAAAACAUGUAAAACUAUAAAACUGUUAAGUUAAACAUCUGUUUGCGGACUUUGAGGCAAAACUAAAUUCUUUCGUUUUUUAUGACUUUUGCGGCUACUGAAAAAAUUUGCUCUUCUACUUAUAAAAUGUAAUUAUUUAAACUUUUGAACUUAGAACACGCACACCUAAUUUAUUAAAAUAUGAUUUUUCAAAUAUCGCAGCUAUCUUCAUCAUUUCAUUCAAGUUUUCAAAAAAAUAUCUGAACUGAAAUCAAACAUCUCUUUAUUUGUCUCUCAAUUUUUGUUAUUAUUUAUUUCUCUCUGAUACACUUGAUUGUUAUCAAUAUAUACAAAUGUAUGAACAUUGUCUACAAAA